AAUAUGUUGACUCUGCGGGGAUCCAGUCCACUGUCGUGCGUUUGAACAUUUAAUUGUUUUCUCGUGAGAGUGAGAGCUAAACCGCGCGGGCAACUUCAGUUCUACAAAUAAGCUUCUGACAAAACACCACUCAAAGCAUGUUAGAACUGCGGAUUUGCACUCAGCUAAUGUUUACGGCAAUGCAGCCAUGGCAACAGACGAACGGUCAUUUCCAGACUAGAGGUGCACUGCGCAGUAAGAAGAGCCUAAACCCUGAGGACUGGCCCCUCUUGCUCCAUUCUAAGCCUGCGCAGGCGCACUCCGUCGCAUUCCUAAAUGGGACAUCUGGCCGUGACAUCAUUGAUUGGCUGUCACCCGAGAAACUUUUGUCACUGCGUCCAAUCAGGUCAGCGGGUGAGAAAAGGAAGAGGAAGGGGGGUUGGACCAGGAACAGAGACCCCUCUGGAGGCGCAUUUCUAACAGUGUACCAUCACCUAGAGCGGUUCAUCCGGACCCUAGGGCCAGCCCCCAACCUCUCAAAUCCAGCCUAUCCAACCUGCAACAAGCUGUAGUUCACUACUAGAUUCGCUGCUUCAAUCGCAGUGACCAUGCCCGGCCAUCAGAUUUAUUGAUCCGGCCGAUCUCUGUAAGCUUGUGUUGCAAUUUUAUUUAGGGGGCGGUGAGGAGAUUCUCCGCGACAAAAAAAAACCACCGAAGUGCUCACUCACUGAGCCCAUUUUCUCUCCCUUUUUUUUGAAAGGGGGAUUUUUUACGAAGGUGUAAAGAUCCUCCACGCCCCCCCCCUUCCCCUCCCCUCCCCAACCUCCUUUCUACAUGGCGAACAAAGCGAUCGAUUGGGAGUGCAGCGGGGAUCGCGACAUGUACAGUCACUUUCAGGACUGGUGUCUGAGGACCUACGGGGAUUCGGGUAAAACAAAGACGGUCACUCGGAAAAAAUACGACCGGAUUGUGCAGCUCCUGAGCGGAGUAGAGCUCAGCUCGGUCGAUAAUGCCAAAUUCAAAUUUUGGGUGAAAUCGAAGGGAUUCCAGCUGGGGAUGGGCGAUCAGAAAAAGGGUGCUGCCGGAAAACCAGCGGUGUACGUACCAGUAAAAACAACGACUGGAGAUGGAGUCACAGCUAAAGAAAGCAUAUCUCUGAAACGUGUGGCUGUGGUGGAGGAUUUUUUCGACAUCAUUUAUUCUAUGCACGUGGAAACAGGAACGGAGACUGCGAAGACGGCAAAACACGCCGGACAGAAGCGGACUUACAAAGCGAUUGCUGAGACAUAUGCAUUUCUCCCAAGAGAAGCAGUGACCAGGUUUUUGAUGAGCUGCACAGAAUGUCAAAAACGAAUGCACAUAAACCCGAAUGGUGUGGACUCAAAAGAAAAUGAAAGACCUUCCUCACUGGCUGGCGUGAUAGAUUAUAAUAUGCCCAUUACUGCCACAUACUUGAAGCAGAUGAAACUCCAGUUUAUGAGUACACCUCAUCACCUGGAUGAAAGUUCAGUGAGCAGCGAUGAUUUUGAUAUGAGUGACGCCACAUGGAUUUCAGCUGACCAGUGUAUGAACUCUGAUUUAAGUCCCAGUCAAGAAGAAAGAAUGCACAGUCCACAGAAUCUGCAUAACCAGGAAUAUGAUGAUUCAUCUUCAGAAUGCUACAGCGGAAAUGGCUCUACUACCCUGAAUCCUGCAACAUCAAACAGUACACAGGGAGACAGUACAUUCCCAGAGAUAAAUGGAAAUAGCUCCACUGGCCUAGACUACAGUGCUGGCCCAGAUGACCAGCCAGUCAACCUCAGCGAGCGGCUUCAACCUGGUCAAAUGGAUAAUGGCAAUAUAGAUGGGCAAAGAAACCGGGUUAAAUACACUGGAAAAACAACCUCCGAUGUCAGAUUGAACAGGGACACAAGAGACUAUGGGAAUAAGACCUCGAUAGUGGAAUCCCAGAUUGCCAGAAGCUGCUGGCCAGUCAGAGGCCAGCAGCCUCUGGGUCCAAAAGACUGUUGGUUGAGGCCUAUUUUCAUGGGAUCCAAUGGCAAGAAGUCUCCACCUUACAGCUCAGGAAGUUACGACUCUAGCAGAAAUGAGCUUUCAGGAAGUUGUCCAGAAGAUCUGUCAAUCAGCAGAGGUGGGGACGACGACGAUGACGAUCAUGAUGACCAUGAAGACAGUGAGAAGAUCAAUGACUCUGAGGGAAUGGAUCCUGAAAGGCUAAAGGCAUUCAAUAUGUUUGUGAGGCUGUUUGUUGAUGAAAAUCUUGACCGAAUGGUUCCCAUUUCAAAACAGCCCAAAGAAAAGAUUCAAGCUAUCAUUGAGUCAUGCAGCCGACAGUUCCCUGAAUUUCAGGAGCGAGCCCGAAAGCGCAUUCGCACUUACCUCAAGUCCUGCAGGCGAAUGAAAAAAAAUGGCAUUGAACUGGCGUCUCGCCUACAUGCCUCCUCUUUCAGACAGGAAGACAGGGAAGAGGGAGCCUCCAACUUCUUCAUGACUGCUGUCGCUGGUUCAGCUCCUUCUUCAACCAACAGGAAGCGUGCUUGCUGGAGGGUGAGACGGACAUCUGGUUUUUCUUCCUCUGAGUCACGACCCACCCCUCCUCAUUUGACCUCAGCUAUGGCAGAAAAUAUUCUGGCUGCUGCAUGUGAGAGCGAAAGCAGGAAAGCUGCAAAACGGAUGCGACUGGAAGCAUAUCAGGUGCAGGAUGAACCUAUUGCACUAGAUAAACAUACUCAACAAACCAGGGAGACUGCUCAGCUUGCCCACAACACUUAUUCACUGCCAGCUGCUUCCUACUCUCAAGAUCAGAUGUAUAUCAAUGGCGGACUGAACUACAGUUACCGUGGUUAUGGAGGAAUAGGAGGUGGACUGCAAACUGGCACCCUCAGCAAUGGUCCAACAGAUCUCAGCAUGAAGGCACUGGCCUCAAACUCAGCUUCAUCCAACACAAACAACAGGAGUGUACCAGCAGCACAGCUCAGUCCAACAGAAAUUAAUGCGGUCCGGCAGCUCAUUGCUGGCUACAGAGAGUCAGCAGCCUUCCUCCUCCGCUCUGCAGAUGAACUGGAAAACCUCAUUUUACAACAAAAUUGACUCUUGUCAGCAUAGUCCUAAUGAUAAAACCCCAUAUCCUGUAGUUAUCCAGUUCAAAACUGGAUAUUGGGGGAGAUUCCUCUUGUUACAAGAUGGCCAUUAACCCAUUGCUGCUAUGGAAGUGAUAACGCCACCAACCUUUAACCUCAGACCUUCAUCAGGACCAGGUGGGAGAGUAAGUAAGUCUUCAACCCAAGGACCUCAUUCACCAGAGAAUAUUUGUUUUCUUAGCUGGCAGCAUAAACUGAAAGAUUUGACACGUGCAAGGACUCCAUUCCUUUCACAGGCAGGUGUAGUUCCUGACCAUCUGCCAUACAAAACCCACAUAGCAUUCAAUUCCCAGGUGCAAUACCUAGUGACGCUGCUAAUAGAAAUAACCUAGAGUGGAUCUUCUGGAAGAACAAUAGAGGAGUUGAUCUCUCUUGGUUUGUGUUAAUUCUGGUCAUCAGUUUCAAGUAUGAGGAUAGUAGCAUCAUAUGUACAUCCAUUAUUCACUUAACUCAAGACGAUCUUAGAACAAGCUGACUUUUUUUUUGCUCCUUUGGAAAUCUAAACAUUUAGCCACUGAUUAGAACGUGUAAUGAAGGCUGCAAUAUAAUAACAUAGCAACUAAUAGAGACGAUAGGUGAUCCACACUCAAUAAAACAUCUGGUAUUAAAGUUGAUUAUCAAGUAAUUAGGCCAAAGGAGAAUUUGGGUGAAAUUUGUGAACAAGAGACACAACCGGAGUUGAAAGGUAAUGAAAUACUGCACAUUUAAUUAUAAUUAAUGAACUGCACUUUUUAAGAAAUGCAGCCACUUUGAGCUCACCUACAUGGAUUGGUAUAUUAGAUGAAUGACCUGAAGAAUUGUAAUAUGUGUUCUGAUAUUAGAAAGUGCCCAACAGAAAAAAAAAGCAUUUGUAACCUAUAAUCAUGUUUUUGUACACAUAACUGGGUGUUCCAUAAGACUACAAAACUUAAUGUUCAUCGUGACUGGUUUCAUGUCAGCCUUUUAUUAACAUUUCCAAUAUUUCCAAGUGACCAUAGUAUAAAUGCAGAGUCAGGACUCAGCUUGACUCUAAAGAGCCUCUGGCUGACUGCCUGGAGAAAUGAUCACAUCUGUUUAAAUUUUGACACCCCACAAUGUCAUUCAGUAACAAAGCAAUUGUGUAAAGAAAAGUGCACUGGUAUGUCUUGGACUUAUUGGACACCUAAAGAAUGAUAUGGUGUAGAUGCUGACAUUUUCAAUAACAUUUGCAAUUUGACUGCUGAGAAAUGUCACACACAAACAUAAGUAUAGACUCAAAGGACUGCCAAUUUGGCAAGAGGAAGCAUUUCAGCAAGUCAAUGUAAAUGGGCUGCAUUUAUAGACAGCCAAUACCCAAGUGGUACCUUUUGCAAGCAGUUAUCCAUUUUUGUAAGCAGAAUCCCAAAGCCCAGUUGCAAUCCAUCCACCCAUGAAGCCACUUCAAAUGUUUUUCUCUUAAUUUACAGUCAAAUGCAGGAUUUGAAAUCAAGCAAGAUUAACUUUUUGUCUCUUCAGUAAACUAAAGUGGAUCAUGAAAUCUUUCAGAACUCAGGUAGCAAUUUAUACCAACCUAAUUUUUUUACUAUUUUUUAAAAAGUGAAUACUAUGAAACAGAAAUUGUUAUUUUAUACUUUUAU